UUCCAGAAAUGACUCACUUGGAACAAACAUUUCUACGCACUGCCAUCACUGAGGUCUUGCCUGACCUUCCAGAGAUGAUGAAAGAUGUCCUGGAAGAGACCUUAAAUUCGCUUGGGGUGGAGACAUCUGAUGAUUUUCAGUUUAUCGAGGAAGCCGAUUUGCUGACAGCCUUGAGGCCAAUUCAAGCCUGAAAAGUCCUUGCUGCUUGGAAGCUGAGAUGCCAGACUCCUGAAACCAGCAGCUCAUCUGUUGCUGCCUCACCAGGACCUCCCGCAUCCUUACAGUCUCUUUCACCCAGAAGUUCACCCUCAAACUCUUCCAACAGCUGCCAAAGCCCCGAUAUAGACUGGGUGGAUAUGUUUAUGAUACCGUGGGAUAAGUUCCCAGAGGAACUUAUGCAGUCAUUGGAGAGGGAAAAAUGACCAAGUCCACGAAUGAGAAGGGAGAUGAUCCGGAUUGUGGUAUGUUAGAUGACACGAAAAAGUUAUUGCAUUGCGUAGAAGAAACACUACUCAAGUUGGUAAAAAGAUGGUGGCAAAAUAUCCCAAAUCUCUUCAAGACAUAAUCGGAGGAGAUGUGAUUGGGCCAGGGUAUCACUCUCUUGUAAAGCAACUGCAAAACAGGAUCGAGAAUGUGAAGCGAUCUACAAGCCCAAAAGUGAGAAAGCGAAAGCAGCGCACUGAUGAGUCCGACACAGACAAAGUUCCUCCAGAACAGAGAGCAACAAUCCAGGACACUUAUGGUUGCGUUAACUGGGAUUUAAAAUUCCUGCCCCGUGGAGAGACUCAUGAGAGCCAGCAUGAGAAGAAAGAAAAACUGAAGAUCAUGUCUCAACAAACUGAUGCUAAUCCAGAGGAGGUCAAACUUCUAAUGAAGUUGACUUUCUACACACAGCGUGAACAAGUCAACCAGGGGAAAAAUAUACAAUUCCUCCUGGAAGAGUGGCCGUUUUAGUUCGACGAACUCGGCAUGGCAGUCCACUUCAAGGAACUCACCGGAAUUGGGCUCAAAGAAACUUUCACACGGAAUUUGGAUCUGAAGGGGGAACGGCUCCUGAACUACAUGAAUACUGUUUGUUUGAACAAGAACAAAAAGUUCUUACAGGCUGUUACAAAGUCUAAAGUGAUGAGGGGAGAGCUGAGUGGUUGCUCUGAAGACGUCAAAGAGAUGCUGCUGCUUCUGCUUUCCUACUUUGAUGAGAAGCAAGACUCGAUGCUCUGCCAUGUGGAGGACACAUGCCUGGCAGAGGAAGUACAGAUGGACCAAGUUCACCUGACUCCCACCAUUGUUGUGUGUGGACGAUCCUGUUAUUCUUCGAGACGGUUCAUGCUGAGUGUGGAUCGAAACAUUGUACACGACAACAUCCCCUCCUUCGUUUCUGCCCUGUGCAUGAUGUUUGGGAGCUAUUAUUGUUUCAACAUCCAUUACCCAUCAGAGCUGGCAUCAACCCUGGAGUUUCUGCAGAGGUGUUUUUUCUCCAUCAACCCGGAGAAGGACACUAAAGUGGAGAAGAAAAACACGUCCCGUCUUCACGUGAACCCCCGAGUCCUGACCUUGAUUCAAGAACUUUCGGAUCAUGAGUGGCGUGAUCUUUGAAUAUGGACUAAACUCAGUAAGAUUCAUGCCAUGUGCCCACUCACAGUUUGAGUUUGUUUCAACUCAACUCUGUCUGCUCAGUUCUUCAAGCUUAAGAAAGUUAAAGUUUCAGACGAAAUUCUUACAGAGUUUGUAUGCAGUUGUUAGUGAAUUUUAUUGCACUUGUAUUUCUUCACUUGCAUACCUAUACCUCAGUUGAAGAGCUUUUUUUUUUGAAGAUAUUGUUACAUGGAACAUUUAUUCAUAGCAAAUAACCCCUUCUUUCUUUCCAU